AUGGUGUCCGAGAUAGCAAGCCGGACCUGGGAUGACCCCCAAUGGCCACCCGGCACGGUGCGGCUGGAGCUGAUCAAGGCCGACCACAGCACCGAGAUCGUGCUGCAGCCACGGCCGACGUCCGACCCCAACGAUCCGCUAAACUGGCCGAUGUGGCGCAAAUACCUCAAUUUUGGCCUCGCCGCCUUCUUCGCCCUCAUGGUAGCGGCCCAGGUGUCGGCCACGACGCCGACCUGGGGACCGAUGGGCGACGAGCUGCACUUUAGCGACGCAGUGCUCAACGACACCUAUGCCAUCGGCUGUGCCACGCUGGCGCUCGGCGGCUUCAUGCUGAUUCCGUUUGCGCUCAAGUACGGCCUGCGGCCAAUCUACGUGCUGACCUGUCUGGCCCAGCUGGGCGUGAUGAUCUGGGCUGCCCGCACCGAGACGGCCGGCGACUGGUGGGGCGUCAACGCGGUGCAAUGCUGGCUUGGAUCGCUGGGUGAGUGCAUGGUGCAGAUGACCAUCACAGACAUCUUUUUUGUACACCAGCGCGGCCUGAUGAACUCCAUCUACGUGUGGGCCUACAGCUUCGGCGGCAACCUGGCGCCGGUGGCGGCCGGAUACAUCACCUACUCGCAGGGCUGGCGUUGGGUCUGGUGGUGGUGUGCCAUCUUCUUCGCCGUCGAGACGGUCAUCAUGGUCCUAGGCUUCGAGGAGUCCAAGUUCGACUGGACCGCCGUUCCCAUCUCGGGCCGACCGCUGGACGUCGAACAGAUCGUCGACGACAAGACCGACGAGAAGGGAAGGCCAUCGAUAGGCGUGCGAAUCCCCGAUCUCGAGACCGACUCGCCUGAUGCUGUGCCCUCCGAGUCAGAUGCCUUUGCCAAUGGCACUACCGUCGAGAUCAACCAAUCCAUCCCGCGCAAACCGUACUGGAAGCGCCUCGUCUUCACCACCACCACUAAGGGUCCCUGGCAGCUGUUCGCCCGCCACGCCUACCAGCCCUUCAUGAUCAUGUUCACCAUCCCCGGUAUCGGCUAUAUCUGCCUCGUUUAUGCCGUCCUCCUCUCCUGGGGCACUGUCAUGUCCGCUGCCCAAAGCACGUACAUGAUUGAGCCGCCCUACAACUUCGACUCCACUCAGAUCGGCCUGAUGAAUCUGCCGCCGUUCAUCGGAAACACCAUCGGCACGCUGAUAAGCGGCCCCCUCAGCGACUGGAUCGUGCUCAAGCUGGCCAAGCGCAAUGGUGGCAUCUACGAGCCCGAAAUGCGCCUGUGGAUUAUCCUGCCAUUUAUUCCCCUCCAGAUCGCCGGGCCGUUCUGGUUCGGCUAUGCCCUCCAGGACGGACAGUCCUGGGUCUCUGUCGCCUUCGCCACAGGCCUCACAAACUUUGCCCAGGCACCCAUCACUAGCGUUUUGCUGACUUACAUGCUCGAUGCAUACAACGAGAUCAUCGGCGACUCUCUUGUCGCUCUCACCUUCUCGAGAAACACGUUCAGCACCGUGUACGUCUUUGCCAUGACGCCAUGGAUAGCGGCCGUUGGCAUGUCCAACGUCUUCAACACGAUUGGGGCCAUCGGUGUCGUCGUUCUCCUCUUUGCCGGUGUGUUCAUUUGGAAGGGGAAGCACUGGCGCUACCGCACGCUGGUCACGAUGCCGAAAAACACCUACAUCUUCGCGCCCAACCACUCUACCACGCCUGGUGGAGUCAUCUGUCUUGGCCAUGUCCUGGGCGAUAUCUCCAAGUUUGUGCCGAUUAACCGCAACGACGUUGUGCCCAUUGAGAACCCCAACUCGAUCGGCCGAAAGCGUGGCUUUACUAUGCGCCGGGCUCGGAUGGCUAGCAGCAAACUGGGUAUAUUUGGUCAGAUCUUCAGUCAGUUGGGCGUCGGUGUCGACGUCGGGAUCAGCGCUAGCCGCAAGCGCACAGACAUCCUUUCGGUCAACUGUCUUGACACCGAAUCGUUCGAUCCCACCGAUGCCUACAUUUCCGAUACCAUCAAGCUGCCCGAAAUUGCCCUAUUUCUCUCCGAUACGCACUACAAGUACCCUCUGUACCUCAUCACGGGGCUCAAGAUUGCCCGCGAUGGAGGCACCAGGCGAACAGCCAAGUACAAAAAAAUCGAUGCCGCUGGCAGUCCCGUGGGCAGCCCGCCUAUGCUUCCCGCACCGGUCGGGGAGAGCUUGGGCGACGCGUCAGGCUCCGUAGGCUCUGCCUAUGCGAGCUCGACCGAUUUUAUUCUAGCACUACGGGUGCUGAAGAUCGCGUUCAGACAUGGCCAGCUGCGGCAUGCACCGUAUAUCAAAAAGGAGAAGACUACAAUAUUCAACAGCGACGACAGUGCUAGCGGCGAUGGCAAAGGUGGCGAGGCUGCGAACUUUAUGGUGACGGACGUCUCAAUUGAAGACGUGGAUGACGGAGAGGUACAGAUUAAAGAGGUCGAUUAUGGUGAUGAUGACGUUUGGCUGAUACCUGUGGCACAAUACUGCGUGGAGAAUCACGUUGGAGCUAUUUUCCGGGAAGAGCCGCUUCUUAUGGCCACCGUCGUUGGAGGUGGCUGCGAAGAGGAUCAUACCGGCGUCAGCGUCGCGGGCGAUUCCAAUGCUUCACACUCUGUCGCAGCAGCCUAA